GAAUUGUUACCACCAACUUGAGAUAUAUUGCAGAUAAAUACUCAAUGUUAAGCUUUUCUACUUAUUCUUGGGUUCAUACACUAAUUGAAUGUGCUUGAUGUCUUAAUGUGAUACAAUUUAGACUGGAGAUAAAAUAGUGUGUGUAUGGUGUUAAUGCCGAUCUCUGUUUCGUGUGCUUUAAGAAGUUACAAACAAACUAAAAUUGUCAAGGAGCAUCAUGUAUGUGACUGUGAUUUUAAUAUCGAUACUUCUGAUUUUGAAGCAUGUCUUCUGCUCGCAGUUGUGUCGCAGCAAGCUUGGUGUUUUCCCUGAGAAUGUCUUCAACAUACACGCCUGCGGUUGGUGCUAUUAUUAUCUGUUUCCCGGUCUCACAUACACACCACACCCGAGCUUUAAUAGUCUAGCCCUGAAAACAAAUAUGUCAUAUACCGUCCAGCCUGACAUCAAUAACAACACUUCGAUAAAUACAAUUUGUGCCACCCUUUCUAGUGACGAAUGUGAAAGAUGGCUACUUUGUUGCAAAGCGUCGCGUGAUUGCUGCACGCGACAACUGAAGUCACGUGAUUCUAACAACACAUGUCCACCUACGUGGGAUGGUUACGGUUGCUGGGACGCCAGUGCCCCAGGUGUUACAAGCCAAAUGUCCUGUCCCACAUUUCUACAAUUUUCCGUUCCCACAAGAUCAGCACUCAAAACCUGUCAGUCAGAUGGGACGUGGCUUAAGCGUGGAUCUCUUGGAUAUGAAUGGACAGACUACACACCUUGUCUUAGUUACCAGGACCUUAGGGUUUCCAUCUACAUAGGAGUUAGCUGCCAGAUUGCAAGCUUACUAUGUUUGGUGCCUUCAGUAGUCGUCUUUUGCAGUUACAAAGCUCUGAUCCGGCAGCACCGCAUUCGUCUUCACGUUAACUUCUUCCUCAGUUUCAUCAUUAAUGGCAUUCUAACAGUUAUCUGGAACCUUGCCAUAACACACGAAAAGAUCACCAGUAGCAACGUUUCCAGUACACACCUCUACAGGAACUCGGUGGAAUGCCGAUUGUUGUCCAUUUUAAAGAUUUAUUUCACGGGCACCAAUUAUAUUUGGAUGUUUUGUGAAGGACUCUACCUUUACCGCCUAAUCGUAAAUGCAUUUUCUCCACCAAAGAGACUGGUGCUAUUUUAUGUCUUUGGAUGGGGAACACCUUUGUUGUAUUCCAUAGCGUACGCGAUCGUGCGCCUAGUGGAAGCUGACAAAAGCUGCUGGGCCAAGAGUUUAGGGGAUAAGGAGUGGAUAAUAUAUGCUCCAAAUUUAUUAUGUCUUCUGGUGAACGUUUACUUUCUAUGUAACAUUCUGCGAAUAUUACUGACACAACUCCAGGCUCAUCCAAACGAACCAAGCAAUUUCAGGAAGGCGUUAAAGGCAACGUUUGUUUUGAUACCCCUGUUUGGAAUCCAACUGACGGUCACAGUGUACCGAAUCCCUUAUCAUAUACCGGGUGCUGUGUAUUAUGAGAGGUUCUCCGAUAUAAUUACAAACUUACAGGGCCUUUUCGUCGCAAUAAUAUUCUGCUUAUUUAACGUGGAGGUUAUUUCUCUGCUGAAGCGUUCAUGGCAGCAACGACAAAACAAUUUGAAACAUGAUUCCAAGAAAGCUAACUCUGCAACAAGUCUUCACGUGUUUCACUCAGUUACGUCCCGUAUUCAUUACAACGCCACUGACAAAUCAUCGCCAAGCAGAAAGCUUAUCUCAUGCAUGAAGACGGAUAAUUCGGAAGAGGCAGCUGAUCUGUGAAAGAUAUUAACGCUUACAUAAAAUUUAAAGUUAUGAUGCUGUUAUGCUGCCUUAGGAUGCAUUUAUUUUAAUAUUAUAUCAAAUAUGGACUUAAGAUAAAUUUACUAUAAAUGUGAUUUCACAGUUUCAGUUUUCAGUUUCAGCUGCCCAUCGUCAAACACACUCAUCAGAUUUCCACAAAAUAAAACAAUAAAAUUAUCCGAUAAAUAUCUGGAAAGUAUAAUUUUUAGCUACACAAUGUUCAAUAAUAUAAGAAAUAGGAAUUACGUUAUAUCCAAUCAAGAAGCAACGAUAGCAAAAGUACCAGUUCGUUCAUCGUCGGAUACCCUCGAUACACUACAACGUUAUGCUUCGUUGUGUUCUGUGGGCGAUUGGGCUUGGAAAAUAUCGCUAUCUCAAAUAAUAAAUUAGGCAGUACCAUUUGUUCAGCAAGGUAUUUGAUGCUUUUCCGUACAAACUAAAAUUCAGCCUUUUGCCGAAAGAGAGGCGGAUGCAGAUUUACAGUAGAAUAUUAUUUUGGCAGCAGUCUAGACCACACUGAUGGGAGCUACUUGCACUAUAUGGCUAUUGAAGAAUAUUUGAUUGUAAAUGCGACCUUAUUGGAAGAAGUGGUGUCUCCCCAGUCUAGUGCAUGUUCAUCAAAGCAUUAUUUUGUUAGACAAUUGUCCCACAGUAAUAUUGAUCUUUAACGGAAUUGAGUUUAAUGGUUGACGACGACGCAGUUUGUUUUGCGUUACCUACACAUUUUAAAAGAUUCAUAUAUAGUUCGACUAUGAGUACUAGACAUCAACUUUAGGUUUCAAUUGGAAAUAGAUAAGCUCUCAAUCUAAAUUUUGACAAAGCAGUACGAUAUCGUUUGAUGUCCAUGCUUUCAAUAUUAUUUAUUGUUUUAAUUUCAAAUCCAUUGAUAUGUAUCAUUUAGGAGUGUUUUACAUGCUGAUUAUAAAAAUACAGUGAAUAAUUUUAAAAGAGCUUAAAUAAACAAGUUGAUGUUAAUAUCUAGCUUAUUAUAAAUUCCCUUACGAUCAAACCUUUGGUUAAAAUGUGAUGUUGGUGUAUGAUAUAUGAAAUAACUACGACUACUACGAUGUUAAUAAUGUAUUCAUACAACGUAGCAAUUCGUUGUAUUGGAAAUAUGUAUGUAUUUUAUGUAUUUGUAAGAU